CAGAAUCUGUCACUCAAUUCAAUGCCAAAAACCCUAACAAACUGUUGAGCUGUUUGUGAAUGGGUUUGUCUGUGGAGUCAAUGCGCAGACUCUAUGCGACCCAACGCUUGCCUCCCAUUCAAAGACACAUUUGUUUACAGAAAAGCAUUACUUUUGGUAUUGUCUGUCGAAAGCACACCAUUUGACCGCCGAUUAUCACUCGAUUGUCACCACAUUUGGUCCAUUAGACAGCGCACAGACAUCGCAAAGACAUGGCGGCCGAGACUGAGUACCUCGGGUUCGGGAAUUUGCCGAAUCAGGUCCACAGGAAGUCCGUGAAGAAGGGCUUCGAGUUCACACUAAUGGUGGUGGGAGAGAGUGGUCUGGGCAAGUCCACCUUGAUCAAUUGUAUCUUCAAGACUGGUCUCAAGACGGGCCGCAAAAUACCGUCUGUUAACCAACAGUUGGAGUCCACUCUUAAGAUCGAGACCAACACCGCAGACAUCGAGGAGCGCGGCGUCAAACUCAAGCUCACCGUGGUGGACACUCCUGGUUUCGGUGAUUCACUGGAUUCGGUUGACAACUGUAAGCCAAUCCUCGACUAUAUCGACGAUCAAUACGAGAAGUAUUUGAACCACGAGUCGGGUCUGAAUCGGCGACAGAUCGCGGACUCGCGGAUCCACUGCUGCUUCUACUUUAUAUCGCCCAACAAUUACGGUCUCAAACCGCUGGAUGUGAUGACAAUGAAGACACUGCACAAUAAGGUGAAUAUAGUGCCGAUUAUCGCCAAAUCAGACUCACUGACCAAAGAGGAGGUCCAGGCGCUGAAGAAGCGCAUUGUGGCCGAACUGAAGACUCACGGAAUUCAGAUCUAUUCGAUACCGGAUUGCGAUCCCGACGAAGACGAGGACUACAAGGAACAGGUGCGCCAACUGAAGGCCGCCAUUCCGUUCGCCGUCUCGUCAUCGCUGGAGACGCACGAAGUGAAGGGCCGUAAAGUGAGGGGACGGGCCUAUGGCUGGGGUAUUGUC